AUGUUUUUUGCCAUUGGUUUUCAACUCUGCUUUGACUUUGUGCCAAUUUUCACGCUUUCCCGUGUGGCUUUUUCCUAUCAGACUGAAAAGCAAUCUUGUGGGAAGCACAAGAUGUUUCCUGCAAUCUCUGAGAGUGUAUCAAAGUGGAAGUGUUCAGGAGAUUGGCGAACGAUCCGCCAAAUUGUCUCCCAAGUUCCUGAAGAUGAAAGGAGAAAAUUUUCGUGGAUCUGGCCAACUGAAGAGUGCCUGAAAAGUCUGGGCAGAUCUUUAGAAGUUUGUGGAAUUAACAAAAUCCUCAGCAUAGGCUGUGGAUCAGGGCUGUUUGAGUGGAUCAUCCAGGAAAGCUGUGGUAUUAAAGUGUCUGGAUUGGAAUUGGAUAAAUCCUGGUGGACAUCUUCUUAUGCUCCUGACACUUUCAUCCCUCUGAACUUCACUGAGACUCCAAUUGAUGGCGAUUUCCUGCAAAAAUGCGCGAGAAGUGGAGAUUUUUGUCUGAUGUUCUGCUACUUCAACAACGGCGCGGCUUUCCGGGACUAUUUAAGACACUUCCGGGGAGACUUUGUGGUGAUUGGAGGUCCAAAAUUGGGGGCUGGAAUUCACACAGAUCCCAGCCCUGAUGCUCUGUUGGGGGAAAAAUUCUGGGAACUUAAGGCAAAAAUCGAAGUUGGAGAUUCAACCAAUAUCAUUGCCAUUUAUCAGAAAUUGCACAACAUGUAA